UGUAAAUCCGUCAAGAUUUCAGCGAGAUAAGAGUAUUUGUGUUCGUGCAGAUCACUCACCUUACAUCAGGUACCACAGAGCCUGCCAGAAAGCUUGCCUGUGACAAGAUGGCCGCCGGUGAUGACGUUAGAGACUCCGCCGUAAGACAUCUAGCCUUUAUUAUGUAUAUCUAUGCUCUUAUCUCCCUAUUAUAUACAAUCUCUGGCUGAUCGGUUGGUUCUAGUCACAUUACCUGCACUUGAGACAUUCUGAAAAGCAAAUAGGCGCGCCUGGAAACAUUUGAAAUAACGAACUGUGAACUCUAACCCAGCCGCAAGUCCUAAAGCACCAUGAUACAGCUUAGCAAUAGCAGCGUCUCACACUCAGGUACAAAAACAGUUACAGCCUACUGGUUUAUAGCCUGAAUGUGGCAAGUAUAAAAGGUAAAAACAUUAUUCUGGAAGUAUUUCUCUUUUUUUCUCUCCAUAAAAAAAAAAAAAAAAUUGGAAUCGGAAUCGUUAAAAUUAAAACGAUACCCAACCCUAUAUAUGAGUUAAUUAACUCCAGAAGAUGGCAGUAGUGCAAAUAUCAGGAUGCAUGCUACUGUUAUAAUCCAAAGAAGAAGGAGACCAUGGCUACCACCGCUACAAGAACAGGAGCAAAGGUGUCCCUGCUGGUUCACCUGCUUAUUUUUAGCUGGUAUUUAUUCACUAUCUGGAGCAACUGCUCUCUGCAAACCUCAGACAGACACCCUGGUGUGCGGUCAUACGGAGGGCGCUGGAAAUAUUUGACGUUUAUUAAUCUGGUAAUGCAGGCGGUGUUUUUUGGAUUGUGUGUGUUAGUGGAUGUAAUACACAUCGUAGUGCCAGUGAAACAGACUCGGAGCGGGACUCCUCUGACGCUCACUAAAGCCAGAGACUUUUACUUCACUGUUCUAGCGUUUCCUGUCGGGACUUUUGUGUUUGCUUCUUUCUGGACUCUCUACACUUACAACCGAGAGCUGGUGUAUCCCAAAUUUUUAGAUGAGAUCAUUCCUAUCUGGCUGAAUCAUGCAAUGCACACAGUGAUCAUGCCUUUGCUGCUGGUUCAGAUGUUCCUGCAGAAUCACAAAUAUCCCAGUCGCACAAAAGGGAUUUCUGCUCUGGCUUUAUUUGCUGUCCUGUAUUUGUCAUGGGUGUUGUGGGUGCACCAAGCUUCAGGGAUUUGGGUGUACCCUAUCAUGGCUCAUUUAAGUCCUGUGGGAUUGUGUUUUUUCCUGGGUGGCGCGUCCCUCACCAUGGCUCCUCUUUACCUGUUAGGAGAGAAGCUCAACCUCAUGAUGUGGCGCACCACAGGGAAUCAGCAGAAGAAAAAGAAGUAAAUGUCUACUGGAAUCCACAUGAACCAUGCGGAUCUCAAUACCAGCCAAACAAAACAUUUUUUACAGGGAACAAUGUAACAGCUUAGGCUUAAUUCUCUCUAGCAUACAUACAGAAAGAAACUAGGACACAUAAAUGUAAACAUACUGUACAAAAGGUAUGUACACACUAAUAGUUUUAUUCAGUUUUAUUUUUUUCUUUUGACCUAAUUUUUGUGAUGCUAAUGAAAAUCAAUUGCACUUACAAAAUAAAAUGCUGUAUUUUUUUUUUUUUUGAUUAUUAUUAUUUUUUAUAAUUUUUAAUAAUUUUCCUUAUUUUAGAAUUUUCAAGACACUGUAAUAUCCCAGAAUGCUGUGUUGUUCAGUGGUUAAGGGAUAGUUAGUACUGAGCACAUUUCCCUUUCAGAUUCAUAAUAGUUAUUUUUAAAAAAGCCGGAGCUGGUGACCAAUUUUCCUGUUAAUAUUAAAUUUAAUUUCUAUGUAGUUUAUGGCAGUUAAUGUCAAACUGUACAAUUGCAUCUAAUGAAAGCAUUAAAAGGUGUUUUAUCCAUUGAAUGAACUUUAUUCAUGAGCUGAGUUUGAGGGCUUCUUGAAUGACCCACUUCAACCUGCGUGAACUCAGGUUAUCUCACCAGUGAAGCCCUUAAUGUGAUUUUCCGGCUUUACCGAGAGUUUGAUGAUGGACUUUAUUGGAAAUAAGUACACCCAGGCUGUAUCCUUGUUGUAAGGUACAUUUCAUUCUCAUCCAGAGAAAUCACUAAUUUCCUAUUUCAUGGAAUCUGAAAAUGUUUUUUUUAAUUGUCUUGUCAACUUGUUAUAAAGCAGAAGUGUUUCAUUGUCA